UCAAAUUUUCAAACGUGUCAAGCAUUUAUCUUCAGACCUUAGCAUUUGUUCAAAUUCUUCCUAAAGUUCAUAUUCGAUAACCUGUUGUUUUAAUUGGAAACAUCCCGUCACUAUCUUAAAUGCCAUGCAUUUGGAUAUAAAACAAAUUGAAAGACUACCCUUUCCUUACAAUACAAAUUGCACUGAUUACUUGAAACUAUGGGAGCAAAACAAUGGAACAGGCCCUUUGAAUCAAGAUUCAUGUAUCGAAUAUUGUAAGUUAAGCAGGCUAAGGUCAAACGGUUGGUGUGUUGACGAAUUUACUACAUAUGAACCUCACACGGAAAAAAUUUGUUUCGGAAAUCUCGAAAGUACUACAGGUGAUAUUAGUAAGAAUUGCAGUGAUAUUUGCCAACCUGCAUGCCUAGAAUAUGAAUAUGAUGUUAAAUAUGAAGAAGCUUAUAUGGAAACAAAUAAUGUAGAGGAAUUUAGAUUUUCACCUUCUAAUACGGGUUUAGCACAAAACUAA